AUGGCUGCUCUACAGAAAUCUGUGAGUGUUUCCCUUAUGGGGACCCUGGCCGCCAGCUGCCUGCUUCUCACUGCCCUGUGGGUACAAGGGGGCACAGCGGUGCCCAUCAGCUCCCACUGCAAGCUUGAUGAGUCCGACUUCCAGCAGUCCUACAUCACCAACCGCACCUUCAUGCUGGCCAGAGAGGCUAGCUUUGCAGAUAACAACACAGAUGUCCGUCUCAUUGGGAAGAAACUGUUACAAGGAGUCAAUAUGAGGGAGCAUUGCUAUCUGAUGAAGCAGGUGCUUAACUUCACCCUUGAAGAAGUGCUGCUGCCCCAGUUGGACAGAUUUCAGCCCUACAUGCAGGAGGUGGUGCCCUUCCUGGCCAAGCUGAGCAGCAAGCUGAGCCCAUGCCAUACUGGGGGUGACGAUCGGCAUAUACAGAAGAAUGUGCAAAAGCUGAAGGACACGGUGAAAGAGCUUGGAGAGAGUGGGGAGAUCAAAGCAAUUGGAGAACUGGAUUUGCUGUUUACGUACCUGAAAAAUGCCUGUGUCUGA